AUGGGUGUAAUAAUCAUCGACGGGUCCACCGUACGAGCCUUCGUGAACGACGAAACUCAGUUCAAAACCAGCGUCGACGGCCAGUUCGAUUCCCUCGAUGUCAACAACGACGGCGUUCUAUCCAGAUCCGAGAUGCGUAAGGCUUUUGAGUCGAUGAGGUUGCUGGAAGCUCACUUUGGAGUUGACACCGCCUUGCCUCCGGAGGAGCUUACGCGUCUCUACGAUUCUGUGUUUCUGAGCUUCGAUGAAGACCAGAACGGCACCGUUGAUCUGGAGGAGUUUAGGUCGGAGAUGAAGAAGAUCAUGCUCGCCAUUGCCGAUGGGUUGGGGUCUUCGCCGAUUCAGAUGGCGGUGGAAGAUGAUGAUCAGAGUUUUCUGAAAAAGGCAGCUGAUUUAGAAGCGGCGAAGAUAUCUGAGAGUUCUUAG